AUGAAGAGGGGCAGCCAGAUAAAGAGGGGUAGCCAGAUGAAGAGGGGUAGCCAGAGGAAGAGGGGUAGCCAGAGGAAGAGGGGUAGCCAGAUGAAGAGGGGUAGCCAGAUGAAGAGGGGUAGCCAGAUGAAGAGGGGUAGCCAGAUGAAGAGGGGUAGCCAGAUGAAAAGGGGCAGCCAGAUGAAGAGGGGCAGCCAGAGGAAGAGGGGUAGCCAGAUGAAGAGGGGUAGCCAGAUGAAGAGGGGUAGCCAGAUGAAGAGGGGUAGCCAGAUGAAGAGGGGUAGCCAGAUGAAGAGGGGUAGCCAGAUGAAGAGGGGUAGCCAGAGGAAGAGGGGUAGCCAGAUGAAGAGGGGUAGCCAGAUGAAGAGGGGUAGCCAGAUGAAGAGGGGUAGCCAGAGGAAGAGGGGAAGCCAGAGGAAGAGGGGUAGCCAGAGGAAGAGGGCUAGCCAGAUGAAGAGGGGUAGCCAGAUGAAGAGGGGCAGCCAGAUGAAGAGGGGCAGCCAGAGGAAGAGGGGCAGACAGAUGAAGAGGGGUAGCCAGAUGAAGAGGGGAUGCCAGAUGAAGAGGGGUAGCCAGAUGAAGAGGGGUAGCCAGAUGAAGAGGGGUAGCCAGAUGAAGAGGGGUAGCCAGAUGAAGAGGGGUAGCCAGAGGAAGAGGGGCAGCCAGAGGAAGAGGGGCAGCCAGAUGAAGAGGGGUAGCCAGAGGAAGAAGGGUAACCAGAUGAGGAGGGGUAGCCAGAUGAAGAGGGGUAGCCAGACGAAGAAGGGCAGCCAGAUGAAGAGGGGCAGCCAGAUGAAGAGGGGCAGAGAGACGAAGAGGGGCAGCCAGAUGAAGAGGGGCAGCCAGAUGAAGAGGGGUAGCCAGAUGAAGAGGGGUAGCCAGAGGAUGAGGGGCAGCCAGAGGAAGAGGGGCAGCCAGAUGAAGAGGGGUAGCCAGAGGAAGAAGGGUAACCAGAUGAAGAGGGGUAGCCAGAUGAAGAGGGGUAGCCAGAUGAAGAUGGGUAGCCAGAUGAAGAAGGGUAGCCAGAUGAAGAGGGGUAGCCAAAUGAAGAUGGGUAGCCAGAUGAAGAAGGGCAGCCAGAUGAAGAGGGGCAGCCAGAUGAAGAGGGGUAGCCAGAUGAAGAGGGGUAGCCAGAUGAAGAGGGGUAGCCAGAUGAAGAGGGGUAGCUAG